GAGGCUGGCAGUUGGAGUUUCUCCCUCUCAUUCGCGGCGAGCCUCGCUCUCUCUCCCUCUCUCUCUCCCUCUCACACACUCACACGGUCUCACACACGGCGUUUCACCGGCGAUGUAACACGACGCUCGCCUACGGAAUUACGACGGAAAGGAGUUCGCGGUUUCCACGAGGGGCAGCGACGGCGAGUGGAGGAGGACGCCUUUGGCCAUGGCCGUGGACGUGCUAACGUUUCUUCUGUGGGCCGUUACGGCCGUUACGGCGAUGGAAGAAACGAUGAUGGAUACUCGGACUGCCACGGCUGAGCUGGGCUGGACAGCGUACCCUGCAUCAGGGUGGGAGGAAGUGAGCGGCUAUGACGAGAACCUGAACACCAUUCGCACCUACCAGGUGUGUAAUGUCUUCGAGUCCAGUCAGAACAACUGGCUCCUGACCACUUUCAUCCAGCGACGGGCCGCCCAGCGGGUUUAUGUGGAGAUGCGCUUCACAGUACGCGACUGCAGCAGCAUCCCACGCGUACCAGGAUCCUGCAAGGAGACCUUCAACCUCUACUACUAUGAGAGUGACCAGGUCAUCGCUACCAAGGGAACAGCUUUCUGGAUGGAGGCGCCCUACCUGAAGGUGGACACCAUCGCUGCUGAUGAGAGCUUCUCACAGGUAGACUUCGGAGGUCGCCUCAUGAAGGUCAACACGGAGGUACGCAGCUUUGGGCCGCUCUCUAAGAACGGCUUCUACCUGGCCUUCCAGGACUACGGUGCCUGCAUGUCCCUGCUGUCCGUCAGGGUCUUCUAUAAAAAGUGCCCCAGCGUGGUGCAGAACUUUGCAGUGUUUCCUGAGACCAUGACCGGGGCAGAGAGCACAUCACUGGUCAUCGCACGUGGCAUGUGCAUCCCAAACUCAGAGGAGGUGGAUGUGCCCAUUAAGCUAUACUGCAAUGGAGACGGGGAGUGGAUGGUUCCCAUUGGCAGCUGCACCUGCAAGGCUGGCUUUGAACCAGACAAUGGCAAUGUCUGCAGAGCAUGUCCUCCGGGGACGUUUAAGUCAAGUCAGGGCACCGAACUGUGUCUGCAGUGUCCCCCCAACAGCAGAUCUACAUCUGAGGCCUCCACCAUCUGUGUGUGCAGGAACGGCUACUACAGAGCAGAUGGAGACCAGCCAGACAUGCCCUGCACCAGCGUUCCAUCCGGCCCCCGGAACGUCAUCUCCAUCGUGAAUGAGACAUCAGUUAUCCUGGAGUGGCACCCGCCACGCGAAACUGGUGGCCGGGACGACGUGGUCUAUAACAUCGUAUGUAAAAAAUGCCGGGCAGACCGGCGGUCCUGCUCACAUUGCGAUGACAACGUGGACUUUGCUCCCCGGCAGCUGGGCCUCACUGACACCAGGGUGGUCAUCAGCAACCUGUGGGCGCAUACACUCUACACGUUCGAGAUCCAGGCGGUCAAUGGAGUGACCAAUAAGAGCCCGUACCCAGCCCAACACGUCUCUAUAGACAUCACUACCAACCAGGCCGCUCCAUCUAUGGUACCUAUAAUUCAUCAGGUCAGCUCCACUAUGAGGAGCAUCACAUUGUCAUGGCCACAGCCUGAGCAGCCCAACGGCAUCAUACUGGACUAUGAGCUCCGCUACUACGAGAAGGACCUGACGGAGGCUAACUCCACCAUAAUGAGGAGUCAGACGAAUACGGCCCGUGUGGACGGCCUCAGGCCUGGGACGAUGUAUGUGGUGCAGGUUCGGGCCAGGACCGUCGCCGGCUUUGGCAAAUACAGCAGCAAGAUGUGCUUCCAAACCCUUACAGAUGAAGACUACAAGUCUGAGUUAAGGGAGCAGUUGCCACUGAUUGCAGGUUCAGCAGCAGCUGCUGUGGUCUUCAUUGUGUCUCUAGUGGCCAUUUCUAUAGUCUGCAGCAGGAAGCGUGCCUACACUAAGGAGGCAGUGUACAGUGACAAGCUCCAGCACUACAGUACAGGCACAGAGCUGUCUUUGAGACCUGAUCUGUCUAACUGCCACUCCUCCAUGGGCUGCCCGACCCUGCCAGGCUCUCCAGGGAUGAAGAUCUAUAUCGACCCCUUCACCUAUGAGGACCCCAAUGAGGCUGUCCGAGAAUUCGCCAAGGAGAUUGACGUCUCCACCGUCAAAAUCGAGGAGGUCAUCGGAGCAGGUGAGUUCGGCGAGGUGUAUAAGGGCCGUCUGAAGCUGCCAGGUAAGCGAGAGAUCUACGUGGCCAUUAAGACACUCAAGGCGGGCUACUCGGAGAAGCAGAGGCGUGACUUCCUGUCCGAGGCGUCAAUUAUGGGCCAGUUCGACCACCCCAACAUCAUCCGCCUGGAGGGCGUGGUCACCAAAAGCCGGCCAGUCAUGAUAGUCACAGAGUUCAUGGAGAAUGGAGCACUGGACUCUUUUCUCAGGCAAAACGAUGGUCAGUUCACAGUGAUCCAGCUGGUGGGAAUGAUGCGGGGCAUUGCCGCCGGAAUGAAGUACCUGUCCGAGAUGAACUACGUCCACCGGGACCUGGCCGCCCGCAACAUUUUGGUCAAUAGCAACCUGGUGUGCAAGGUGUCCGACUUCGGCCUGUCCCGCUACCUGCAGGAGGACACAUCUGACCCCACCUACACCAGCUCUCUGGGUGGGAAGAUCCCAGUGCGGUGGACGUCGCCAGAAGCCAUCGCGUACAGGAAGUUCACCUCAGCCAGUGACGUGUGGAGCUAUGGCAUCGUCAUGUGGGAAGUGAUGUCGUUUGGAGAAAGGCCGUACUGGGACAUGUCCAACCAAGACGUGAUUAAUGCUAUAGAGCAGGACUAUAGGCUUCCUGCCCCCAUGGACUGCCCCACCGCUCUGCACCAACUGAUGCUGGACUGCUGGCAGAAAGACCGCAAUGCCCGGCCACGUUUCACCGACAUCGUCAACACGCUCGACAAACUCAUCCGCAAUCCAACCAGCUUGAAGGCCAUUGCUAGCAUCCCGUCCAUUCCGUCUCAGCCGCUGCUGGACAGGUCCAUCCCUGACUUCAACACCUUCAGCUCAGUGGAGGACUGGCUGUCGGCCAUUAAAAUGUCACAGUACAGAGACAAUUUCCUCAACUCUGGCUUCACUUCGCUCCAGCUGGUCGCUCAAAUGACCUCUGAAGAUCUGUUGAGGAUAGGCGUAACUCUGUCUGGCCACCAGAAGAAGAUUCUGAGUAACAUCCAGUCCAUGCAGAUGAACCAGUGCCAGUCCCCCACUGCCCUGGCAUGACUACAGGGGGCGCCGAGCGAUGGGCCGGGCAGCCUGCUCCGGAACCAGAAGCGGGUCAGCCCCACCCCGUCCGAGCGCGCCAGAGUAGAGACUAUCAUACUGAUCUGAACGGCCAACACGGAAAGAGGGGGGUCAUCUGAACCGGACCCAACUCACAUCAGCGCUGGAAUAAACAGAGACACGCCUGUAGUGAUCUGUCUGUCUGUCCAGAGAGAACAAAACAGGGAUUCCUGUCUGUCUGUCCAUUUGACUGCACAUACAGGAUGUCCAUCUUUCCAUCUGUCAUGAAAUCAAAACAUAAAUCAAGCCAUUUCUAAUACCAAGGAUGUGUACAGAGACAGAAGAGGUUCUGUUAUUUUUUUUUCUUCCAAUUUCCUUCACAUUUAUUCCCACAUUUCGAAGAUGAAUCGCCAGAUGAACCAAUCACUAUCAAGGAUGUAAUAUUUGGAAAAACAAAAUUUUUUUCCUUAUUUUUUCAUGUAUAUUUAUUUCCUUUUUUUUUAUUGAAACGAAAGACAGCUAUACCUCCUAGUCCUUCCGCUUCCCAGCAUCACUACCUGUUGAUCUACAGAUGGCCGGCUUUUGCCGAGAGACGUCUGUCUGAUAGCUUCUGUGUGUAUAUCUUUAAAUAAACAUAAAUCUAUCUCCAGAGUAAACCUUCAUAUUGAAGGUGCCGCCUAAUGGAAUACGUAUGUAUAUACUUUUCUUCUGCUUGCAUUUUUGGCAACAGCGUGCAUUGACUGGACGAUACUAGACUCAUGCUGGACCCAUUAUGCUCUGUAUGAGGAGAGGAACUCGCUUUCAGUCACGUCGAGAAGACGAACAAAGCCCACAAGGACAAUCUUCAGAAACCUAUGGCCGCCUUUGAGCCGAACGCUGUAGAAAUAUGAACGGAUUUGUGUAUAGACCACUUGUAGGAAGAAGCAAACAAAACAUUCAGGCUGCCAGAACUGGAUGGUGUUUAUUGUAGGUGUUCCAUGCUGAUGAGCACAUAUCUGUACAGCUUCUUUCUUCUUCUUCUUCUUCUUCUUCUUUCUUCCUUUCUUUCUCUUCUUCCUCGGGUCCUUCUUGUUAGUUUGUCGUUGGAGUGUUUGGGUGAGUUGCGUUGAGAAAAAAAGUAGUGCAUUAAACUUGAUUCAAGUGUAUACAUCAUUUUCACAAUAAUAACAUAUAUGAUCCCUUUAGUUUGAAUGAUGAAAUGUACAGUUCUUUUCUUACUGAAAAUAUCAUAAUGAAUAGAAAUACUGAACAAAACGUUUUUGGACUUUGUUGCCAUAUGGCAACAGCAUGUGACCAUCGACCUGCAAUUUACAAUGCAUACAAUAGGAGUAAACCAUACACUGCCAUUGGACUUCAAAAGAUUGUAAAAGAGUGUAAAUAGCAGUGUCCAGUGUGUCCUAUGACAGUGUAUUUAUUUGGUCCCAUUGCAGAUUGCAGCCUCGUUGUUGUAUGCCGUUGCCAUAUGGCAACAGUACUGGUAGUUUAUCCUUUUAGAUAAAAAUGCAUAUAAUCUAAGCAGGUUUUAUUUAUGAAAAGAAGUUGUAACCUUUUAUUUAUUCUUCUUAAAGUUGUUGUGUGUGUGUGUAUAUAUAUUAAAUUUUACUCAUACUUUGAGAAGGCUUGAAAGGUCUGCAGUGGCCAUAUGAUGUUUCUAUAAAGAGUAGUACAAAACACAACAAGAGGGCAUGUGAUCAGAUGAAUGUGUACAACAUUAUUCAGAAAGCCCUCAGUUUCCCAAAGCAAAAGAAAAUAAAAAGUUUUUUAUUGUAGU